AGAUGAUUUCACGAAAAUUCCAAAUGUUUACGAAUAAUGUAAACUGGGUUGAGUACAAGGUUUGUUUACAAACUUAGAAUAUUUCUAGCAAGGUCGAGCUAGUGGUAUAUAAAUAAAGGAAUUUAUGUCCGAAAUGGGAGAGAAAAAACACAUCAUUGGUGUAGGACACUGGGGAUCAUUGCACGUUGGUGUGUCAUUUCUUGUCCGAUGGAUCAAAGGAGAUCACCAGCAAUCGGAAUUGAUUUGGGAACAUCAUUUUCGUGUGUUGGUGUUUUUCAAAACGGCAGAGUGGAAAUAAUUGCAAAUGACCAAGGGAAUCGCAUAACACCAAGUUAUGUUGCUUUCUCGAACACGGGACGCCUCAUUGGAGACGGAGCCAAAAGUCAGGUAACUAUGAACGCUGUAAACACGAUUUUUGACGCAAAACGAUUAAUCGGACGCAGGUUUGAUGAUGAGCACGUGCAGACAGACAGGGCGCGCUGGCCAUUCAAAGUCGUUAAUGACGAGGGGAAACCGAAAGUGGAAGUAUUAUACAAGGGAGAAAUGAAGAGAUUUACACCAGAAGAAAUCAGUUCCAUGGUCCUUGUGAAAAUGAAGAAAAUAGCUGAAACCUAUCUCGGUGAGCCCGUCAAAAACGCUGUCAUAACUGUGCCUGCGUUUUUCAAUAAUGCACAGAGGGAGGCCACGAGGGAUGCAGGUAUAAUCGCUGGUCUAAAUGUAAUGCGAAUUAUCAAUGAGCCAACUGCUGCAGCUCUUGCAUAUGGACUUGAAAAGAACAUUACUGGUGAGAGAAAUGUGUUAGUCUAUGACUUAGGAGGCGGAACAUUUGACGUUUCAAUCUUAACCAUCGACGAACUAUCUGUUUUUGAAGUUCUGUCGACAGACGGAGACACUCAUCUUGGAGGUGAAGAUUUUGAUCACAUCAUGGUCAACCAUUUCAUAGAAGAAUUCAAGGUAAAACACGGAAAGGAUAUCACGAGUAACAGUCGGUCUCUCAGACGCCUGAAAACAGCUUGUGAACGCGCUAAGAGGAUACUGUCUAGCAGUACAGAAACCUGCAUCGAGCUGGACGCUUUUUUUGAGGGCAUUGACUUUUACAGCAAAAUUUCUCGUGCAACUUUUGAAAAACUUUGCAAUGAUUUGUUUCUUAGAACCCUUGAACCACUUAAAAGAGCACUGUUGAACGCAAAUUUAGAAAUAUUUCAGAUAAAUGAAGUUGUUUUAGUUGGGGGGUCAACUAGAAUUCCAAAAAUCCAAAAAAUGCUCCAGGACUUUAUGGGGAUUGGAAUAUUAAAAAGAUCAGUGAAUAUAGAUGAAGCUGUGGCCUAUGGCGCAGCGUGUCAAGCAGCUAUUCUUGUUGGAGACAGAGGUGACUUGCUCAGAGACAUUGUUCUAGUGGACGUGGCUCCUUAUUCCCUGGGCAUCGAGACAGCAGGGGGAUUUAUGGACAAAGUUAUACAAAGAAAUACCAGAAUACCUGCUGCAGCAUCAAGGACAUUUACAACUUUUUACAACAAUCAGCAAGGGGCAAUUGUUAAGGUUUUUGAGGGUGAGCGUGCAAUGACUCGAGAUAAUAACUUUGUUGAGAAGUUUGAACUGAAAGGCAUUCCUCCAGCAUUGUGUGGUGUUCCCCAAAUAGAGGUCAUUUUUGAUAUUGAUGCUAAUGGUAUCGUGAAUGUGACUGCUAGAGACAAGAAAACAGGCAAAUCAAACCAGAUCAUGGUCUCAAAGAACAAGUUGAGGACAUAUGAAAUUGACAGAAUGAAGAUCGAGGCCAAGAAGUACCAAGAAGAGGAUGAAAUCGAACGCCAAAGAGUAGAAAUUAGAAACAAAGUAGAGUCCUAUUUGAUUUUAAUUCAAGAAAAAGUUGCAGAUGAGCAGCUUCCGUUGGAGGAAAGAAAAGCUGUUUCCCUGGUAUGCAGUGACACUUUCCGUUGGUUGGACAAUAAUGAAAGUGCAGUGUUAAUGGAACUAAAACGGAAGUUAAUUGAAAUCCAAAAACUACCCAUCUUUCAAAAACUUCAGAAAAGCACCGAAAAAGAGAGUCAGAAAUUUACCAGCGUAGAAAUCUAUUAGCUAUACGCAUAUAAAUAGCAUUGUUCGAUUUUUCUUGUAAAAAAAUAGAACAUUUUCAACGUGCGUCGUCACCUCCAAGAUAAAUAAUGCCGAAAUCCAUAUGACUUUAUAUGUCAUGUACUAUUUUUCUGCUCCGACGAAAUCCGACAUGUUUAUAAAACUAGUAUCUGUCUCUGUCCACUGUAAGAUUUUGUAAGAUUUUGUCGCAGUGGUUAGAGCGUUUGCUCUAGAGUCGCGAUGUAAGGAGUUGACCUUUACAUCGCGACUUCGAAUCCCACUGUAAGACAUGGAUAUCGCUCCUUCAGUUGAGACUGUAUAAACCAAGACCCCGUGUCGCAGUAGGUGUUGGCACGGAAAAGAUACCUCACUGCUCAAUGGCCGUAAGUGCUGAGCAUAGGUCAAAAUUUGUAGCUCUCCACCGGCAAGAGGUGGCGUCUCCAUAUGAGUGAAAAAUCCCCGGGAUAGAGACGUUAAACAACAUAAUUAUAAACAAAAAAGACAACAUUGUAAGAUUUUCAAUCAAUAAUUAGAUAUGAUUUUUUGUUUCCAUUGUGGUUCUCUCAGACUGUCAUGUUACUAUUAUAUCUUUUUACAUCCUUUGAUUGUCCCUAAGCCUUUUAAAAUAGAUUUUCUCUGUUUAAAACUUGCACUCAGAUUAAAUUAAAACUACAUCAGCAUUUCUUUUAGGACAUUUUCGAUUUCCUUCAUCCUUGUUGUCACACUUUUAUAUCAUUUUACACUAACGUUAUUGUAAGCACAUUUACAUAUAUUUUUUUUAUUUCUAUGUCUACAUACGUUGCACUAUCGACACACUGCUUUGAUGUUCAUGUGAUCACCAUUAAUUUAUUUUCAUUAUAUAUUCUACAUCGACAGGGGGUAUGACGCUCUGUUAUGCUGUAAAUACGGUCCAAUGUAUGGAAUUAAGCUAUGCAAUUUUCAAAUUUAUUUUGAGGUGUUUUUCUUUAAUUUAUAAAUUAACGAUAUUAUUUCAUUUAAAUAGUCAUCAUGAAAUAUGAAUAAACUUUUGGUGUUUUAUUCGA